GACUCCCGUCAGCUGUGUGAAGAAAAUCCGGUAUCGGGCUUGUAACACUUGAGAGAGAAAGAGAGUGUGAGAGAGAGGGAGGAGAAGAGAAGAAAGACAAAAAGUCAUACACCGGUGCUUUUUUUGCAACACCAGACCUUCCGCUCUUGGUCUGGCCUGCUGGUUCAAACCCACUGGAAGGAGAAAAACAAAAAAAUCCAUCCAUCCAUCCACCCUCUCCCAGCCAUGGUGCGUGUGAUCUCCGAAAAGUUGUUCAGCCCUCCCAGGUCUCGACACAGCUCGGGAGAGACACUUGACAAAGAACUUGCAGCCAGAGCAGUGGAGGCUCUGUCGAGUUUAGAGAGCCGUCGUCUGGAUUUCUUCUCAGACUACGAAUCGUCCAGUGAUUCGCACUGGGACUCGGAGGCUGACCAGGACUGUGACAGUCAGGAAGGGUCGUUGAGAGCAGGACAAGGCGAGGGCUCCAAAACCGGCGCAGCCGGUGAGGAUAUCGUCCGGAAGCGAAAGGAGAGACGGCGGGAGCGCAACAAGCUGUCUGCGCAGGCGUACAGGAUGCGACGCCGGGAGCAGUCAGUGAAACAACAGAAGGUACUGAGCACGCUGGAAGAGGAGAACACGCGGCUGAAGCUGAUGGUGGAGAACCUGGAGUCGGAGCUGGGCAGUGUUCGUGCGGCAAUGCGUCAUCGUCACGCCUCCCAGCCAGACGCCCCGCCCUUCUCUGGCCCCCAGCAGCCCCUAGCCCCGCCUUCACCUUCCCCUCCGCCAGCACUGCCCGUCCUGUUGGUGGCAUCUGCCCGAGUACCCAUACUAGCCAGCGCGACGAUGAUGACGACGAGGCUGGCGAUGAUGAUGAUGAGGGGAGCGGCUUGGGUGUUGGGCGAGAAGCCGUGGACAACGACCGCAUGCAGCUCGGGAACGUCGCCAUGGUAGACAACUUCCUGUUCAACACGAGGCCCUCGCUUACACACUCGGCUGCGGCGAUGCCCUCCGUGCCCUCCACAUCUUUGUGUUUUGGGGUCAGCACCAGCGGCGUUGUCGCUGCUGCCCGUCCCAGGAUCGCCACUACCACCACCUCCACCUUCCCCAUUACCACCACCAUUAAGGACUCUGCCACUAACAUCUUUUCACUCGCCGGCGCCAACAGCAACGACACCAGCACCGGUGUGCCACUCCAUCACAUCCCUAACUACCGCCAGCAUGCAAAUCCUUUCUUGAAUUCGGACCUCAACGCCAACACUGCGGGCAACACGACGACGUGCAAUGUUCGUGGCACAAACCAACACCUCCACAACAACAACAACAGCAUCAUCGUCCUGAACGACGACAUGAACAAUAACGACAACGCCUCUCAGUUCCAGCAACACCGCCACAACAACAGCAACAUGCUUUUGGCGUCGUCUCUGGGGGGCGGGAGGAAGACGAAGCCGGCCUGUCACUCCGGCCACGUGUUGUAAAGGACGAGGGCUAGAGCAGGUGGGGAAGAUGACCAAGAGAUCUGACAGGUCGGCUUCGGAGAAAGGAAGGGGUGAUCUCGACAUUGACCUUUAAGCUUCUGACCUGGCAGGCGCCCUCGCUCACCUGAGACAUUUGCAGGCAGAACAACCUCCUGCCUCUCGUCAGAAUCUUGUUUGUGCAAACAUCUGUGACGUCAUUAAGCUUUUCUGGUGGCCUCAUACCGGUCCACAGACCUACCCGCCCCCAUAUUAGUUCAACACCCACAUACACACCCCUCCCUGUCCUCUCCAAUGACGAUUUGUACAGGUGCUGUUCCUCCUGACUCCUGGGAGUACGCCACGCACACAUAUAGUAACUUCAUUCCUGAGCUGGCCGUCUGGACACAAAAACAGUUUCCACUAGCAACUAGGCUGUUUGUCUGAGCUCUUGUAAGACACCAAACGGCCUUUUUUUUCACUGGCGCCGAGAGUGUUUCCUCCCCCCCCCCCACACCAACAUCCUUUUUUUUAAAGCGCAGAGUGGAGGAUGCAAGUUGUAAUGACAACAAUUGCAGCCAUUCCUGUGCGCAGACAAACCCUAGCAAAAUCCUAACAGGCUUUCUUUUUAUUUGCUUACUUGUGACGUGUCGGUCUGUUCGCCUGUGUACCAUUCUGACGUCAUCAUAAACUGCCUGCACCCAGACUGCGCCCCACCCACAAAAGAUGAGGAAAAAGUUUGAAGAGGAUAAGGAAGGAGCCUGUGCGCACUCUCCCUAACGCACAUCCACAGGCGCGCACGUGCCUGCGCCAACAUGUAUCAGAUGCCUUUUUUUUCAGACAUGUAUUGUUUUGACUGUUGUAGGCGAUCAUACUUCUCUGUGAGUGACAACUGUGUAGAUGAUGUAAGCGAUGAUGACUGAUGUAGGUUGCCAUACACGCUAUGUUGAUCAGUCACGAGGCUAUGUCGACGUUCGUGAAUGACACUUGAUGAUGACAAACUGUAGAUGUCAGUGUAAUCACAACACUAUGCUGGUCAGAGGUGAUUGUGAAUGCUGCAUGGCGUGAAUGCAGGUGAGAACACGGUGAUGUGAUCAUUCAUCCUGAGAGAAAGCUUAAUGUUGGAAAACGACAAACCUUCAUAACCGCACACAGUUUACCACAAACAACAACAACAACUUCCAUCAUAGACACUGCCAAGCCACUCAUUUCUUUAUUCCCCAUCUCAUAGCCACGGUAAUUGUACCUCAUUACCUUAUAAUGACUAUGGUAAUGUUACAUGCAACCUGUACCAGACCAUUUCAUUGGUCAGUUCGCGACUUGGGUUCACAUGCAAAUUGUGCAUCAUUGUUUAUAUGUGCUACAGUUUUCUAAACAACAGGAUUGAUCUCUUCAUUUUUUAUCUUUUUUUUUAUUCUGUUCAUUCGUGGGAAAUUGUUUAAACUGAGUCGAGAAUUCUGAUCCCACAGAAUCGAAGUUAAGAAAGCAUUUUUUUACUUUCAGAUUUUGACCUUUAUAUAUGGUCAGCAUCUAGUUUCCACCAAAUGUUUUGAUGCUACUCUUAAUCAAAUUCCAGAACCUUCGUAUCCAGUAUGUGAACAAAACACGGAGUACUUGAUGACAGGGGAGCGGGAGUAGCAGGCGUUAGGGGAGGGAUUCUUCGGGAAAACAAAUCAGAUCAUAGUAUUUCAAGGGGUGGAGAAGAGAGUAGUUUUGUAAAGAAUAAUUGAGGGUAUACAUUUUCACACAAUGUUAGGGAUGCAAACAAAUGUUGAGACGACUCUUGACUUUUGCAUGCUACGAGGCACGAUUUUGUAAGUGAACAUGGAAUUAUUGACAACUUGUUGCCCUCUUCCCCCUCUCUCCGUGCGCUUGUAACCUAGGAGAAGACCUUUUGUGUGAAUGUAAAGACAAAAAAAUCCACGGUUGGGCUGCCAUGUUGAAAGUUGUUGCACGUUUUACGAUCAAGUAUAAACUGAUGUUGCGUUAUUCAGCCCUCGUCAUCAGAAAGUCCUGUGUACUUUAUUGUCAUUUUUUUUUAUUUCCUUGUGGGAACAUCUGGAAAUGCGGUUAGGAGGGCAGAUAACUCUGGAAAAGUUGAAUCAGUAUUAGUGAACUACAGGUUCAUGGUUUUGUUUGACACGCGCACACUUUAAGCAAGAUUUUCUGGUUUAUAUCCGUUAUUUUCUGACAAAAGAUUUUUAUGGCUGCAAAAAUGGCGAUGCUAACAUUAAAAGUCAAAUGUGUGUAUGUGGCUAACGCUUUUCCAAUCCCUGUUUAGUGAAAUAUUUUUGUUGUUAGCGGUUUGCAACUGUGAGGGUGACCGCUUUGCGAGCCCGCGGAGCGUGGGAUUGCAUCAGAAUAUCUGACAAAGGUCAGGUGGUGAGAAGGCCGGGGUCACGGCAAUGCCUCCCGAGGCCUGAUGGCACUUGCAUCAGACUUGCCGUGCGCCCUACUUUCACCAGCCGGCGCGCGCCAACCGCGGACUGUAGGUGGUGGGUGCCGCGCUCCUCUCACUUCACAUCAACGACAGACGAGAGAGGAAGCUACUCCCCCGGCUACCUCACCACAUGGGUUGUAGUCCGAGGAAUGGUGUACAUGUGUGUGUGUGGGUGAGGUGGAUGGGUGGGGUGGAGAACAAGGCUGGAGACAAUGCUGCUGUUAAAGCCUCUGAAGUGGUUUGUGUCAAGUUAUCAGUGGAAGUCGGCUGCAAACUUUUUUUUCUUUCUUGGGGGUGCGGAGAUUGUUGGCCCCCCUUUUUUUUUUUUUUUUUUGAUGUUGCAGUAACAUUGAUGUGGAAGGAAGGUCAAAUGGGGUGAAGAAAAUGAUGCACUCGGUCAUAUGCCGAUCAGAGGAAUUAGGUUGUUAUUGUCGAUACCACUUAUUUUGUCAUGUUUUCUUUGUUUAUACACUUCAAAAGCAAGAGGAAGAAGGAAACCAUAUUGAUGGAGCAGAAAAGCUGGAGUUAUUUCCCUUAGUAACUUUCCUUUAAAAGACUUUGCACAUCCUUAUUUCUUUGACUGUUGAACUGGCAAGCUCCAUUGUUUAAACUCUGACAAAACGUGUUUCAUCUAAUAAAAAUGUAUUAUGAUGACAGUGUAAUGUAUACACAAGAAAUAUGUUCACACCUAUGUUGAUCAAUUGUUAUUAACCAACUAUUCAAGUGCUUGAUUAACGCUGUAUUUGCUAAUAUCAGCUUAGACAGUCCCUGAUACACUGAUAGGUUGUGAACUAUUGCUAGUUUUGUCAGAGGGAUCUUCGCCAUUUUUCUGGGACUACUUGCUGAGGAAGGGUUUCUAAUCAGCAACCAUUCUUGUAUUCAGCAACUAAAAUGACCUUAAAAAGAAUUUUUCCUCAUAAAAAGAUAACUGGAAGUUUCCUGUAAAUAGAAGAAUGUGGUAUUAAGAACAAUACCUGAUGAUGAUGCACAGGACUUUUCAAUAGAGUUGAAUCUUUGUGUUUUCAGUUUUUUUUUAAUUCUGUUGUGCAAGUAACACUGAUAUUAUUCAUUUUUGUAGAACCCUUUCCUCUACGGCCUAUUUGACACAAUCCCCUACAGUCUUUACUCAAGUCAGUGGGGUACUAGGCGCACACAGCGGUGACUGAACAUACAUUUUUUGUACUCUUUUAAGACAUUCAUAUCUAUCUCAUGAAUAUUUGUAUAACUGUGCAUGAUGAUCUUGUGCAGGCGCAGAAACUUUUCUCAUGUGUACACACCUGCAUCCACACAAACGUUUUGAAGCGUGCACACAAUUUUACAUAUGCACACAAGCACAUUUUGUCUCUUUCGCAGACCAAAAGUCUUUCAUACCUUUUCCAACAGAAUAAAGAUUGGAAAAUUAAA